UCCGGAAGCCACACACACACCUAAUGUCAGCAGAAGUGUCAUUUUGUGUUGUACUUUUUGCUUCAAAUUAUCUCAAGAAAACCAGAUUUUCCCAGUUUUUCUCUAUUUUUAUACGGAAAUUUAUCAAAAUGAUGGACGGAGCUGAUGACAACGAAAGUCCUCAGAAGGAGUCCAGUAUGGCCGAAGGGACACCAUCAACUCAGGAAUCUGCUGUUCCACUGGCAGAUGAUAAUCUUUUGGUGGAUAUUUCGGAUGCACUGAGUGAGAAGGAUCGUGUGAAAUUUACAGUUCACACCCGGACAUCCCUUCCCGGAUACGCCAAAUCAGACUUUUGUGUAGUGCGACAGCAUGAGGAAUUUGUCUGGUUGCACGAUCGUUUUGAGGAAAAUGAGGAAUAUGCCGGAUACAUUAUUCCUCCGUGUCCUCCACGACCAGAUUUCGAUGCUUCCCGGGAGAAGCUACAGCGUCUGGGUGAGGGUGAGGGUAACAUGACAAAGGAGGAAUUCAAGAAGAUGAAACAGGAAUUGGAGGCUGAGUAUCUGGCCACAUUCAAAAAGACUGUAGCAAUGCAUGAAGUGUUCCUAACUCGCCUCACGAGUCACUCAGUUUUUCGUAAGGACCAACAUCUCAAAGUAUUCCUGGAGUAUGAUCAGGAUCUCUGUGCCAAGCCACGCAAGAAAAUGGAUCUUUUGGGUGGUUUGGUGCGGAGCUUAGGGAAGACUACCGAUGAACUCUAUUUGGGUGCUACUGUGCGCGAUGUCAAUGAUUUCUUCGAGAAGGAACUCCAAUUCCUCACGGACUACCACACGCAGCUCAAGGAGGCGGCUACGAGAACCGAAAAAAUGACCAAGAAACAUAAGGAAGUUGCAGACACUCACAUUCGCAUUUCAUCGUCUCUCCUGGAACUUUCCACGGCCGAAGCGGGUUCCAUGGAGAAAUUUCUCGCAAAGGUCGCAGAGGUCUUUGAAAAAAUUCGCAACAUGGAAGGGCGUGUGUCUAGUGAUCAGGACUUGAAGCUAGGAGAUACUCUGCGUUACUACCAACGUGAUAGUCACGCAGCCAAGGCUCUCCUCAUCCGUCGUCUUCGUUGCCUGGCAGCUUAUGAGGCUGCUAAUAGGAAUCUGGAGAGAGCCCGAGCCAAAAAUAAAGACGUCCAUGCGGCGGAAAAUGCUCAGACUCAGGCUUGUCAGAAAUUUGAGACGAUGUCAGCUCAUGGGAAGCAAGAGUUGGUGGGUUUCCGGGCACGUCGUGUGGCUGCUUUCAAAAAGAGUCUCAUCGAAUUGGCGGAACUGGAGGGAAAACAUGCCAAGACACAGUAUGAAUUCCUCCGUCAGAGUCUCCUGUCGCUCAAGGAUGCCUGAAAACUGGACAAAUAACGUUAUAUCGGCUUUUGUUGAAGUUUUUUUUUUCUAUUUAGUAAAAGACAAUUUCCUGUGAGAUCCUUCAAAGGAAAUGUUAAUAUUUUUCUCCUCUAUUAUUUUCUUGCAUUUAUUGCAUAAAGAUAUCAUAUGAAUUCCAUUCACGAAUUAUAAAAAAAAGAGAAUAAAUUAAAUGUAUUUUGAAUAUAUAUUCGUACGCAUUAUAUUUGGAAAUAUAUUAUCUAUACAAUAAAAUAUUUGUACAUGAAAA